CCAAAAUAGAAUAACAUCAUCAUAUAGUUUAUCAUACAGUUUAUCAUACAGUUUUCACAUAUUUCCUGUCAGACUGACCAUUAUUUUUCCGGUGUGUCUCAUCGGUACAACAUAAGUGUGCUGAUAUUGUCAGAUCGACUGUAAUAUAGUAAGCACCCUAUACCCUAUACUCCAAAGCUACCGGAAUAUAUUUACGCUCCAAAGCUACCGGAAUAUAUUUACGUUUUACACACGUCAGUCACCAUAAAAAAGCGGUGCGAAAGAACUGUCCAUCUUAAUUGCGCACUCGACCGUGGAUUCAUCCGUCGACCGAAUACAACACCCCGAAAUAGUCGUUGCUUUCAUUGCGAUACGUACAUUGAGGAUGCGAUGCGCCUCGUUCCACCAAGUUCUUCUUAAAUCAUCGAAUAUUAUCGAAAACUUGAAAUUCAUCUGACUAAUACCAAGUGCCACGAAAAGAAAAAAAAUUUGCAGAAAGCGCGGACGAGAGAACUUUUAAAGAAAACGAAAACGACGCAUAAAAGGAAUCGGCAAUAAGUUCAAUUCCACAGUGCGAAGAAUUGUCAAAUUCGAAAAUAUGCAUGAGCACAAUCGAUGAUAAGAUUUUAUACGCAAAUAUACUGUAUAUUUAAUAUGGGAACGACCUUGCUCGUCGUAAUACUCACCGCGGCAUUGUCCGCGACUGCGAAUAAUAUCAACGAACAAUGCCAAGUUCACAAUGAAAGAAGGAUUACCUGUAAUUGUAUCGGAAACGAGGAAUUUUUCUUACCGGAUGAAUAUAAUUACACAAAUAUUAUCAGCGUAUUUAUCACGGGAUGCGUUUCAGCCAAUCUUCAUUACUCCAGCCUACCGGAAGCAAGUAAUCUCGAGGAGAUGAUCGUUCAGAAUAUUAGUGGCAAUUUGGACUUCGAGAUCUUCAUUACAUCGAGUAAAAUGAAAUUAUUAAAACUAUCAAACAUCGGCCGGAUACCGACGAUCGCGAGUUAUACGUUCACGACUCUGGCAACUAUUGACACACUCGUGAUCGAGAACACGAUCAUCGAGAACUUCGACGAAGAGUUCAAUUACGUGCACGUGUCGCAUUUUAACGUUACGAACGUCACAAUCGAGCGGGUAAACCUACUCAACAUGGAGAAGGGAGCGACAUUGCGCAUAGUGAAUACCGUGCUGCGUAAUGUAGAAACGUCUUUGAAUUUGAACUUUCUGAACAUCGAGAUCAUCGAUUCCAAGUUUAAAUUGCAGAAGCCGGGCUUAAUGUCCAUCCAAGGCGAUGUUGCCGUUGUAAGGAAUAGCAUCUUCUCAAACGUCAGCAUGAAUCUAGUCAUUGCGCUCGCGAUCAGGAUAAACGGUAUUUGCGCGGAUGGCAAAAGUACCUUGAGGCUUAGCUCAGAACAGAUUUAUAGCGCCGAUAACAGAUUGCCAAAUGAGAUAGCUUAUCCGAGAAGUAGUCAGCACGGAAAAUCUUUUAUGAUUCAGAACAAUACGGUUUGCAAAGCGGGCAACUGCGAAUGCUCGAAGAGCAGUGGACAAAUUUUGUGCCCAUCGACCACCCCAAUAUACAUCCUCAUAUGUUUGUUAAGAAUGCGUAAUAAACGUUUUCAUAUCUGAUACUUUCAUAUUGCAAUAUUAUAAUCUGAGUGAGAUAAAUUCGGCUUGAAAAGACUGUCACAUCUUGAUUCAACAUAUGAAAGUGUAAACUAAUCUUAUAAUAUAAUUUCAGAUCUUGAUCGUUUCAUAUAAUGCAUUAUUGAAAUAUUAGAUAAUUUAGAGAUAAUUAGCAGUCAUUUAUCAACUUAAAAAUUCAGAUUUAUCACUUCCGAUCUUACCACUUCACAUAAAAUCCAAAGAAUUCUGAAUGGAAAAAUAUUAUUGUGAAAAAACAAAAGCUAAAACAAAUUUCAAAGUGACACUAAGGGCGGUAUUCAUAGUCAGUUCUUAUAUUUAAGGUCGUUUUAAGAUUAUAUUUCAACCAAGAUAAUCGUAUAAGCUUACUUAAGACGAUCUUAAAUAUAAGAACGGACUAUGAAUACUGGCCUAAGUAAAUAAAUUAUGAUGAACU